AUGGCAGCCACAGGUAUGUACGACCAGCUUCGAGUUACACUCGCUGAUGAGCGCUCUCGACUUGGUAAGGUCCUCGACCAGGUCGACGAUGCCCUUAAAUGUCUCGAGCAUGGGAGCAUACUGAGGGAGUUCGGCGAACAAUACAGCGAACGGUCGAUGGACGUCAUUCGCCGUGAUACGGUGCCGAGCAGCGAGGUUCAACAGGAGGUUUCGGGCAAGAGCCGCUCUGGAAUUUUCAGGCGGGCAGCGACGCAGUCGACAUCUAAGGCGUGGGAGUCGAAAGACGAAGACAAGGAAAAGGCCAAGCUCAAAUUCAGAGCCAGCAGAACCAGCGUGGGGCCGAUGGAUGCAGUCGUGGCAUCUGCUCCACGGCCUGUUGUAGCGCCGAUGGCGAGCACGGGCGAUAGAUCUUCCAAAGUCAAAAGGAGUAUCACCGGGAUGCCUCGAAACGCGGUGAUCCGCGGAGCGAUUCCGAGGGUUUUCGCGAACGCGGACCAGAUGAAAGAGCAGGUCCAGCAGGCCAUCUUGCAGCCAGACUACGACGUGAAGGACAUGUACAAGGACGAGGGAUGGUUCCAGGCCGUAGCGCGGAGCUCGAUAUUCGAUUCCAUCGGCCUCUGCGUGAUCAUGCUGAACGCCUUGUGGCUCGCGGUGGAGACAGACUACAACGAUGAAGCCCUGCUGGUGAACGCCGCCCCCCCGUUCAUCAUCGUGGAGAACUUGUUCUGCACGUUCUUUUGCUUCGAGCUCUUCGUCAGGUUCAUGGCCUUCCAGGUGAAGCUGCAUGUAUUCAAGGACUCGUGGUUCAUGUUUGACUUCGUCAUCGUCUUCUUCAUGGCCUUCGAGACCUGGGGGCUCUCGUUCCUGGUGUGGGUCACAAACGGCGCCCUCACCGCCAGCUCCAGCUCCACCUCGGUCCUCCGCGUGGUGCGGCUCUUCCGCCUGACACGAGCUCCCCGUGUCGCCCGCUUGCUGAAGUCGGUGCCAGAAAUGAUGGUGAUCGUCCACGGCAUCGUGAUCGUCGCCCGUACCGUGGUCGUGAUCGGGUGCCUUCUCGCUUUGAUCAUCUACACGUUUGCGAUCGUCUUUACUCAGCUCGCAAAGGGCACUGAACUUGAAAGCACCCUCUGCCCUGACAUGAUGACCACCAUGAAAACGCUGCUGAUAGGCGGCAUAUUCCCGGACAUCGAGCCGACCAUCGACGCCAUGGCGGACGAGCACUUCCUAUUUGGGCUAUUUUUCUUCGUUUUCGUAUUGCUCGCCUAUGUGAUGAUCAUGAACAUGCUGAUCGGCGUCUUGGUGGAAGUCAUCUCUGUGGUGGCGGCGGUCGAGAAAGAGAAAAACCAGGUGGCGGCAGUGAAGCGCGUGCUGCUGAAGUGGGCCCCGGAGGCGGACAUCGGCGGGGACAACAUGUUCGGCGUCAACGAGUUCAAGCACAUGCUCAACACUGCGGGCUGCGCCAAGGACCUGAACGACGUGGGCGUGGACGCCGUCGCGCUGGUCGACCACGCAGACUUCAUCUACCGCAACAAGGACGAGCUCACGUUCUCCGAGCUGCUCGCCGUCCUUCUCGGGCUGCGGGGCGGGAACGACCCCAAGGUGCAGGACCUCGUGCAGCUGCGCAAGUUUCUUCACGUGGAGAUGCAGCGCAUCGAGAUGUCCGUGGACAGCCUCCACAAGGUCCUCAGCACGCAGCCGCAGGGGUCGAAAGACCUGAGCUUGAGGGACAAGGCACCAGAAGAGGACGAGGAGCACACUCCUUUGGUCUAG